AUGUAUGAAAAAUUUAAAAAGAUGAGGGGGAAAAAGUUUUUUUUUGUGUUAAAAGGGUUUCUGUAGGAGGACAAACAUGACACAAACCUCCCUAAUUGUUAUAAUUCACACUGUUUAUGUUAAACAUGCUUCACUGAUUCGAGUAUUUGGCGAGCGCCGUUUUGUCCUAAUAAUAUUGGCGGUCCUUGAACUCACCGUAGUUUGUUUACAAUGUAUAACUUUCUCCGACUUUCUAGGACGUGUUUUAUGCCACUUCUUUUUCUGUCUCAUUUUGUCCACCAAACUUAACGUUGUGCAUGAAUGCACAAAGGUGAGUUUUGUUGAUGUUGUUGACUUGUGUAGAGUGCCAAUCAGACAUGUUUGGUCACUGCAUGACUGCAAGCUAAUCGAUGCUAACAUGCUAUUUAGGCUAGCUAUAUGUACAUAUUGCAUCAUUAUGCCUCAUUUGUAGCUAUAUUUGAGGUCAUUUCGUUUCCUUUAAGUCCUCUUAAUUCAAUGUAUAUCUCAUGACACACUAUCUGUAUGUAACAUGGCUUUUAAUUUUUUGCGGCUCCAGACAGAUUUGUUUUUGUAUUUUUGGUCCAAUAUGGCUCUUUCAACAUUUUGGGUUGCCGACCCCUGGACUAGACGUAUAAGAUUUCAUGGGAUUUAGCGAUUAGGAGUGACAGAUUUUUUGGUAAACGUAUAGCAUGUUCUAUAUGUUAUAGUUAUUUGAAUGACUCUUACCAUGAUGUGUUACGUUAACAUACCAGGCACGUUCUCAGUUGGUUAUUUAUGCGUCAUAUAACGUACACUUAUUCAGCCUGUUGUUCACUAUUCUUUAUUUAUUUUUAAAUUGCCUUUCAAAUGUCUAUUCUUGGUGUUGGGUUUUAUCAAAUACAUUUCCCCCCAAAAUGCGACUUUUACUCCAGUGCGACUUAUAUAUGUUUUUUUCCUAUGCAUUUUCGGCCGGUGCGACUUAUACUCCGGAGCGACUUAUACUCCGAAAAAUACGGUAUGUAUACUAUUAACCGCAACAAGUAAUUGAAAAAAAAAAACAGGAUUUGUACAAUUUCAGAAUGAGCUUAUUCUAUUUUUAAACAAAGAAAACAAUCUGAAUUUAUCUCUAUUUUUAGGUUAUCGUGCCGUGAUUUUGACACCCCUGGUCUAAACUUCACCGCUGCCAGUAUUUUUUUCUAUAUUUUUAUUGUAAUAUUUUCAGAAUGUGUCUGUCCUAUGUUUGGCCAAAGUAAGACAAAGAAACCAAAUCUGAAGUUGUCUUUAUUUUUUAGUAGAGAUGUCCGAUAAUAUCGGCCGAUAAAUGCUUUAAAAUGUAAUAUCGGAAAUUAUCGGUAUGUUUUUUUUUAUUAUCGGUAUCGUUUUUUUGUAAUUUUUAAUUUUUUUAAUUUUUAUUAAAUCAACAUAAAAAACACAAGAUACACUUACAAUUAGUGCACCAACCCAAAAAACCUCCCUCCCCCAUUUACACUCAUUCGCACAAAAGGGUUGUUUCUUUCUGUUACUAAUAUUCUGGUUACAUUAUAUAUCAAUAUAUAUCAAUACAGUCUGCAAGGGAUACAGUCCGUAAGCACACAUGAUUGUGCGUGCUGCUGGUCCACUAAUAGUACUAACCUUUAACAGUUAAUUUUACUCAUUUUCAUUAAUUACUAGUUCCUAUGUAACUGUUUUUAUAUUGUUUUACUUUUUUUAUUCAAGAAAUUUUUUUAAAUUUAUUUAUCUUAUUUUAUUUUAUAAUUUUUUAAAAAAGGUCCUUAUCUUCACCAUACCUGGUUGUCCAAAUUAGGCAUAAUAAUGUGUUAAUUCCACGUCUGUAUAUAUCAGUAUCGGUUGAUAUCGGUAUCGGUAAUUAAGAGUUGGACAAUAUCGGAAUAUCGGAUAUCGGCAAAAAAGCCAUUAUCGGACAUCCCUGAGCUAAAAUUAGUUUGACACCCCUGGUUUACAUGAACCGGAGUUUAGUCUACAACCGGACGUGACGAAUCUGCACCCAGACGUCACGUGCAACAAAAAUAGUGAACUAUGGCACUGUUUGAUUUUACAGUAAUUGAUACCCCACGGAAUUCAGUCGGUGCAUUUAAAAGUACCGAAUCCGGUACACAUCCCUAACUUCAGGUGACGAGCUCACCUGUACUUGCAUGCACGUGCGCAUCAGCGUAUAGGAGGUCCAUUCUUUCCAGCAUACGACACCCUCAAAAACACGCGGCGAUGAAGGCCACGUUGCUGAUAAGCUCCUGAGUGGAGGGCUAAAUGCGGCCGUCAUACGUGAUAAGACGUACUCGAUGAACGACACCCAGACGACAGGUCGUCACGCGCUCAAAGACCCGACUGAGGAACCGGAGGAACCCUCAUCCAGCUCAGAGCACUGACCUGAGAAGUCAAACGCCUCGUCAAAGAGGAGAUGGAGCCAGCCGUAGAAGGAGAGGAGGCCUCGUCCGCGCCUGAUUUAAAAUCAAACACCGAGGAAUUUUCCACGGUGGAGGUGGAGACACAAGAGACCUUCCAAGAGACCUUCCAAGAGACCUUCCGAGAGACCGUGAGGACCUUCAGCUCUCGCCAAGACGCGUCCGGAGGGACGGAGAAGUGCGAGCCUGACGAGAACGCGGAGGAGGACAACAGGGCGGAGAGCGGAGGACAGAAGGAAGGAGGACAAAAAGAACCAGAAGAAACUAGAGGCCUCGAGGCUUCAGAUGCCGGACAGCCUUUGCUUCCUGAUCCAACCUUCAACCGGAGAUGCAGCCUCCUGGCCAGCGAGGUGAAGUACAAAGAAGACUUUGAGAAGAUGAAGGGUCAGAGUCUGUUUGUUCCCGGGGCAGAACUCAUCCACGCCAGGAACAUCAGCGCCGUCCUGUCUGAGUCUAAGUACAAAGAAGAGGGCAAGAAGGAGGCGUCGCUGUCGCUCUACUCGCUCCUUCCAGAAACGCCGCAGAUCCAACACGCCAGAGAGGUUUCCCAGCUCCAGAGUGAGGUUCGAUACAAAGAAAACAUGAAGACGUCCUCCUCGCUCUACUCGCUGCUGCCAGAGACCACUCAGACCCAAUUUGUCAAAGAGCUGACUGAGAUACUGAGUGAGAACAAGUACAAGGAGGAGGGGAAGAAGGAGAUGAGCAGCACUUUGUACUCUCAGCUUCCUGAAACGUGCGAGAUGCAGCUGGCCAAGAGCGUCCAUGAGUUUCAGAGCGAGAAGAAGUACAAAGAAGAUGGGAAGAGAAAGGCCUCCAUGUCCCUCUACUCCCAACUGGCCGACACUCCUGAGAUCCAACAUGCGCUGGAGAUGUCCCAGCUGCAGAGUGAUGUGAGUUACCGCCCCAAGGUGCUGGUUAAAGGAGCUCCUUCGUCUCUGUACUCUCAGCUUCCUGACACCAAGGAGCUCCAGUUUGCCAGAGAGAUGACUGAGCUGCAGAGUCAGAGCAAGUACCAAGAAGACGGCAGAAGAAGGCUCGGCCAGUCCUUCUACUCUCAGCUUCCGCAGACCAUGGAGACGCAGUUUGCCAAAAAUGUCGCUGAGCUGCAGAGCGAGCGCCUCUACAAGGAGGCGGGGCAGAAGAGCAAGGCAUUGUACUCGCUUCUGCCGGAGACCCUGGAGACGGCGCACGCCAAGGACGCCCGCGAGCUUGCCAGCGAGGUGAAGUACAAAGAGGACGGCAAGAAGGAAAUGAGCGUCAACUUGUACUCGCUGCUGCCCGAAACCAUGGAGACGCAACACGCUAAGGAGGCGUCGGCACUGCGGAGCGAGGUGAAGUACAAAGAAGGAGUUGAGCAGAAGAGCACUUUGUACCAUCAUCUCCCGGAGACCACCGAGACCAAACUGGCGAAGGAGCUGUCCCAGCUGCAGAGCGAGGUCAAGUACAAAGAAGGAGGGAAGAAGGAGAUCAGCAAGAGUCUCUACUCCUCGCUGCCGGACACGUUGGACACGCGGCACGCUAAAGACGCCGCGCUCCUGCUGAGUCAGAAUAAGUACACCGAGAGCAGUAAGAAGGAGAUGUCCCACAGCCUGUUCUCCACCCUGAGUGACACGUCUGAAAUCAUCCUGGCCAAAGAGAUGAAGGACAUCCUGAGCGAGAGGAAAUACAAAGAGAGCGGCAAGAAGCAGCUCGCUCAGAGCCUCUACUCCCGACUGGCGGACACGGCAGAGACACGCUUUGCCAAGAGCGUUUCUGAGCUGCAGAGCGAGGUGAAAUACAAAAAGGGACAGAAAGACGUGUCCAAGUCCCUUUACUCCACGCUGCCGGCCACUCUGGAGACGCAGCACGCCAAAGAGGCGGCGGACCUGCAGAAUGAGCGCAAGUACUCUCAGAAGAAGGAGCUGAAGUCCACGCUGUUCCACCUGCUGCCUGAAACCUUGGACACGGCCCACGCUAGAGACGUCUCUGAGCUUCUCAGUCAGGUGAAGUACCAGGAGGAUGGCAGGAAGGAGAUGAACGUCAGCUUGUACUCGCUGCUGCCACAAACCAUCCACACGCAACACGCUAAAGAACUUACCAGCCUGCAGAGUGAGGUGAAGUACAAGGAAGGUGUGAAGGAGAAAAUGCAGAACAGUUUGUACCAUCAGCUCCCACAAACCCUUGAGACCCAGCAGGCCAAGCAGAUGUCAGAGCUGCAGAGCGAGAGCAAGUACAAGUGUGCAGGUCAGAAGGAGCUCCGCAGCUCUCUGUACGCCGCCCUCCCUGUCACCAUGGAGACGCAGCGCGCCAAAGACGCCGCCGAGAAGCUCAGCGAGGUCAAGUACAAGGAGAGCGGGAGGAAGGAGAUGUCCGCCUCGCUUUACGCCACUUUGCCCGACACCUGCCAAACCAGCUUCAGCAGGGAGAUGACGCACCUGCAGAGCGAGAACAAGUACAAGGAGGACGGGAAGCGGACUCUCUCUCAGAGCUUCUACUCUCAGUUGCCGCAGACGGCCGAGACGCAGUUCGCCAAGAGCGUCGGCGAGCUGCAGAGCGAGGUGAAGUACAAGGAGGAAGCCCAGAAGGAGAGGUCGUCCUCGCUGUUCUCCAGCCUCCCUCAGACGCUCCACACGCGGCGGGCCAAGGAGGUGACGGCGCUCCAGAGUCAGGUGAAAUACCAGGAGGGCAAGAAAGACGCCGCCUCGUCUCUCUACCACCUCCUACCGGAGACCUUGGAGACACAGCUUGCCAAACACGUGUCCGAAAUCCAGAGCGAGGCAAACUACAAGAGGGACAAAGACGAGCUGCCCAACUCGUUGUACUCGCUGCUUCCGCAGACGUUGGACACCCAGUUUGCCAAAGACAUGGCGGAGACGCACAGCCAGUCCAAGUAUACGCAAGAAGCCAAGCAGCAGGCGGCCGCGUCUCUGUACGCCACACUGCCCGAAACCAUGGAGACCAAACACGCCAAGGAAGUGAGGACGCUGCAAAGCGAAAACCACUACAAAGCGGAGGGGAAGAAGCAGAUGAUGGCGCCGCUUUACUCUCUGCUUCCUGAGACCUCAGAGACGCAGUUGGCCCGAGAUGUGGCGCUGAUCCAGAGCGAGAACAAAUACAAAGAGAGCGGGAAGAAGGCGCAGACCGUCAGCGUCUACUCGCAGCUGCCAGACAUCAACCACACCCUGUUUGCCAAGAGUGUGUCUGACAUCCAGAGCCAGAACAAGUACAAGGAGGCGAGCAGGAAACAUGCGUCCAGCUGUCUGUACGCCAAGAUGCCGGACACUCUGGAGACCCGGCACGCUAAGGAAGUGUCACAGCUACAGAGUCAGGUGGCCUACAAGCACAGGGAGGACACCAGCAGGCCGCUCUACCACCAGCUGCCUCAAACCAGCCAGACGCAGUCGGCCAAGGAGCUGACUGACCUGUACAGUCAGGUGAAGUACAAAGAAGACGGCAAGAAACAGAUGACGACAAACUUGUACUCGCUCCUUCCUGAGACCGCUGAGACUCAGUUUGCCAAACAGAUGUCAGAGUUGCACAGCCAGACCAAGUACCAGAAGGACAAAGAAGAUCUGUCCCACGCUUUGUUCUCGCUGCUGCCCGAGACCCUGGACACUCGCUUUGUGAAGGACAUGGCUGACACCCACAGCCAGGUCAAGUACAAGGAGGCGGGAAAGGAGGCGGCCAGCAGCGCUCUGUACCAUCAGCUGCCGCAGACCGCCGAGACGCUUCAUGCCAAAGAACAAUCUGAGCUGCAGAGUCAAAACAAGUACAAGCAGAGCGGGAAGGAAGCGUUGGCGGCCAGUCUGUACGCUCAGCUGCCGCAGACGGCCGAGACGCAGCUCGCCGCCAAGAUGUCGGAGCUGCAGAGCGAGACUAAGUACAAGUGGGAGGGCGUCAGGAGCGUCGGCCGUAGCGCCUACAGUCAGCUGGCGGUCACCACGGAAACGCAGCUCGCUAAAACGCUCUCAGAGCUCCAAAGCGAGAUGAAAUACAAGGAGGCCAGCAAGAAGGAGGCGGCCAUCAGCCUCUACCACCGCCUGCCUGAGACCAUGCAGACGCUGCACGCUAAGGAGGCCAUGCAGCGGCAGAGUCAGGUCAACUACAAGGUGAAAGGUCGGGGGUCAAAUAGCAGCAGCCUGUACUCCCAGCUGCCUGAAACCCAGGAGAUGAAGUUGGCUAAAGCGGCCAUGGAGCUGCAGAGUGAGAAUAAAUACAAGGCCAAAGGUCGGCCGGAGAGCGGCGGCAGUGUGUUUCACCAGAUGGCCGAGACCAACCAGACGGAGUUCGUCAAGCGCAUGUCGGAACUUCAGAGUGAGACCAAGUACAAGAAGGACAAAGGAGAUCUGUCCAACACGUUGUUCUCUCAGCUGCCCGAGACCCUGGACACUCGCUUUGUGAAGGACAUGGCUGACAUCCACAGUCAGAGUAAGUACAAGGAGGCCAGUAAGAAGGAGAUGGUCAAGAGUUUGUACUCGCUGCUGCCGCACACCAAAGACAUCCAGCACGCCAAGGAACAGAGUCUGCUCCUCAGCCAGAAGCUGUACAAGGAGGCGGGCAGGAAGGAAGCGGCCUGCAGCUUGUACGCGCACAUGCCCCAAACCAUCCAGACCGUCUUCGCCAAGGAGCUGAGCAAGGCGCAGAGCGACAAGUUCUACAAGGAGCAGUUUAACCGCGAGAAAGGCAAGUCGGGCUACGCCAACAUGGAGACGCUGCCCGAGGUGGAGCACGCCAUGGAGGUCAACAGGAACCAGAGCGACGUCAGCUACAGGAAGGGGAGGGAGGAGCUUCGCCGCUACAACACGGCGCCCGACAGAGCGGACAUUGUCAGCGCAACCAACGCGGCUAAACUGGCCAGCGACGUGGCCUACAGGAGUAAUGGCAGGCAGCUGGUCUUGAGCGACGCGUCACUUCUCGCCCGUACGGACAUCCAUCACGCCAAGGAGGCGUCCAAGCUGGCCAGCCAGGUGAAGUACAAGCAAGCAUCAGAGCCGCACGCUCGACCUCGUUACAACCCGCUGGAGUGCCUGUCCUUCAAACACACACAAGCGGCGGCGGCGCUCGCCAGUCAGGUGAGGUAUAAGAGCAACCAGAAACCAGAAGGUUCCUCAGAUCUGCCGAACCUCCUGCAACUGGAACAUGUGCUGCACGCCAGCAAACUGCAGAGCAACGUGGAGUAUAAGAAGAAGUACGAGGAGAACAAGGCUCAGCACCACAUGACUCUGGACACGGCUGAACAGCGCCACCACAAGGAGAACGCAGUGCUGCACAGUCAGGUGAAAUACCGCCAGGAGUACGAGAAGAGCAAAGGCCGCACACGCGUGGAGUUUGCCGACACGCAAACGUACAAAGUGAUGAAGGACGCCCAGAAGAUGCAGAGUGAGAGGGAGUACAGGCGGGACUACGAGGAGCACAUGAAGGGGAAAGCCUUGGUGGACGUGGACCAGACGCCGCAAUAUCUGACAGCCCGGCACGCCAGCGAGCUGCUGAACGAGAAGGAGUACAGGAAGGACUUGGAGCAGGAAGUCAAGGGGCGGGGCUUAUCCGGCGUGGGCCUGGAGGAAACACCCGAGCUGCUGAGGGUCAAAAACGCCAAUCAGAUUCUGAGCGAGAGGGAGUACCGCAAGGAUCUGCACACGGAGAUCCUGGGUAAAGGAAUGGAGCUGAGCGGGGACGUCCUGGACGUCCAAAGAGCCUUGAAGGCGUCAGAGAUCCAGAGUCAGAGGUCCUACAAGCAGACGGAACAUCUCAGCGAGAACUUGUACGGGACCAUCACUGACACUCCGGAGCUCCUGCACGCCUCCUACCUGAAAGACGUGUACAGUCAGAGGAAGUACAAGGACGAGGCGGAGCGUCUGCGGGGCCAAUACAGUGUCCUGCCGCACACCCCCGAAAUGGAUCGCGUCAAGGCCAAUCAGAGACACGUCAGCUCGCUGCACUACUGCUGGGACUCCAAGCUCAUGAGAGGUCUGAUGUCCUCAGUCGCGGAGACGCCCGAGAUCGUCCUCGCCAGGGAGAACGCCAAGAAGAUCAGCGAUGUUCAGUACAGAGAAGAGGUGGGCUGUGGGACCGCCGUCACGGACACGCCGGAGAUGAAAAGGGUCAGACGCAACCAGGAGAACAUCAGCUCAGUGAGGACGAGGAAACGCACUCAUGCGCACUUUGGUGUAUUCACGUCAUGACGUGUGUGUGUGUGUGUGUGUUCUGGCAAUGCUUACUUAAUGGGGACAUCGCUCUGUUUACACAGUCACCUUUAGGGGACCUCUGACGGUAUGGGGACAAAAAAACAGGUCCCCUAAUGGGAAACCUUUUUAAAUGAUAGUCAGAUCCAUUCUCAAGAUGCCUAAGUGAAAAGUGAAACAUUUGUUAUCCUGGCAUUAAUAAUUAAUUAUUAAGAAUUAUGCAAAAUUAUUUAAAUUUGGCCCCCAUGAACCAUAUUAACUCUUUUUCCCCAGGGUCCCCAGUAAGAAUGAUCAGCACAUUACUUCAUCAAUCCAGAGAUUUAAAGACGUGUAUGAGCUAACUGGGCAGUGGCCAUUUUACACCAUUUUUUU